UUGUGUGUGCUGCUGGCGCCUUAUAUUAGGGGGCGAAGGGGGCGACGUGCCUUCGACAGUUGGAGGGUGCUGAACCGGCAAGAUGGAGGGUUCUCGGGACGAAGCUAGUGAGCAGCUGCGGUGCUGGAAGAGCUCGAAGGUUGACAUGCCUGCAGAUGUUUUGACCACCGGAGCAGGCCAGCCUGUUGGAGACAAGUUGAAUGUCAUUACAGCUGGACCUAGAGGGCCAUUGCUUGUACAGGAUGUUGUGUUUUUUGAUGAAAUGGCACACUUUGAUCGGGAGAGGAUCCCUGAGCGUGUUGUACAUGCAAAGGGGGCAGGUGCCUUUGGUUUUUUUGAGGUGACCCAUGACAUCACAAGAUACUGUAAGGCCAAAGUAUUUCAGAAUAUUGGAAAAAGAACAUCUGUCUCUGUUCGCUUCUCAACUGUUGGGGGUGAAUCUGGUUCUGCAGACACAGUUCGUGACCCUCGAGGAUUUGCUUGCAAGUUUUACACUGAAGAUGGAAUUUGGGAUUUGACUGGUAACAAUACACCUAUAUUCUUCAUCCGGGACCCUUUUUUGUUUCCAUCAUUCAUUCAUACCCAGAAGAGGAACCCCCAGACUCACCUCAAAGAUGCUGAUAUGGUCUGGGACUUCUUCUCACUUCGCCCAGAAAGUCUUCAUCAGGUCAGUAUUCUUUAUAGUGACCGCGGAAUUCCUGAUGGAUUUCGUCAUAUGAAUGGGUAUGGGUCGCACACAUUUAAGCUGGUCAAUGACAAGCAAGAGGCUGUUUAUUGCAAAUUCCAUUUCAAGACAAACCAAGCCAUCCGAAAUCUUUCUGUGGAGGCAGCUAAAUGUCUGGCUUCUGAGGACCCUGACUAUUCUCUUCGCGAUCUCUACAAUGCUAUAGCUUCUGGAAAUUACCCAUCCUGGACUCUGUAUAUCCAAGUCAUGAGCUUUCAAGAGGCAAGAGUACAUCGAUGGAAUCCCUUUGAUGUAACUAAGGUUUGGCCUCACAAGGAAUUCCCACUGAUCCCUGUGGGACAGCUUGUCCUCAACAAGAACCCCGUCAACUAUUUUGCAGAUGUGGAACAAAUAGCCUUUGACCCCAGUAACAUGCCCCCAGGCAUUGAACCUAGUCCUGACAAGAUGCUUCAGGGCCGCUUGUUUUCUUACCCUGAUACUCAUAGGCACCGCCUGGGUGCGAACUAUCUUCAGCUGCCUGUCAACUGCCCAUUUAAGUGCCGUGUGACAAACUAUCAGAGGGAUGGACCAAUGUGCUCCACUGAUAACCAGGGUGGCGCCCCAAAUUAUUAUCCAAAUAGUUUUAGUGCCCCUGAAGCUCAGCCUCGUUUCAUUGAGCACGCUCUGGCUACAACAAGUGAUGUUGCUCGGUACAACAGCUCGGAUGAUGAUAAUUUUUCCCAGGUAACUACAUUUUAUGUGAAUGUCCUAAAUACGGAGGAGCGCCGCAGACUAUGUGAGAACAUUGCAGACCAUCUCAAGGAUGCUCAGCUUUUCAUUCAGAAGAGAAUGGUGGAUCUGUUGACCAGAGUGCAUGCUGACUAUGGUGCACAAGUCUCAUCAUUGUUGGAUAAGCACAAUGCUGCCUGUCCUAAGAAGCCGGUGAUCAAAACCUACUCUCAUUAUUCUCCUGAUCGUGCCGUUGCUUCUGAGAAGUCUAACCUGUAAUAAGUUGAAUUGAAAGUGCAAAGCCACUUUUUCUGCAUUCUCAAUAUGAUUAUACUGAUAAUUUACUCUUUUCCAAAUUUCAUAAUUGAUUUUUCUUGCAUAAUCUUUUGUUUCAAAAGAAAUUGUAUGACUGCUUCUAUUUGUAACUAAAUCUAUUGAGUUUCCUCUUGUUUCUUGCUGUCCAAUUUACAUACCAUUAAUUAC